GGAAUGACAGGCAUUCCGUUCCUCUUUGGAGGGAGCUGGCAUGGGAGCGUAUUUAUGAGAAUUACACCGUGCCCUGAACCAGGGAUACAGGACAUACCGUGGCAAGAGCUUGGACCCACAAUCCUGGACUUUUUUCUGACUUGGGGGGUCAUUCGACUUUUGGGGGGGGAAUCUCGGAGUGAGUGGAGGGAAGCGGUGAAGUUUCUCCAACCCUGCGGAGUCUUGUCAACUUUCAGGGGCUGAUGCCUGCUUUUCGAAUCGGUUCGCCUUGUUCCUUCUCUCUGAGUCUAACUUGAAGAAUAGAAGAAUGGGACAGACGCGCUACUCAAGACCGGUAUAUCCAGCUCCCUUGGCUGAGGAGAGGGAGCAGCCGACACAGGAUGCUGGGAUGGUGGCUGAAGUUCUGGAAUCUGGCGACACGACCCCCCCUUCCAAGAGAAAGAGCAAAUUUGCUGGGUUUGGCAAGAUCUUUAAGCCUUGGAAGUGGCGGAAAAAGAAAACCAGUGGAAAAUUUAAGGAGACCUCAGAAGUUUUAGAACGAAAGAUUUCAAUGCGAAAGCCAAGAGAGGAGCUCAUUAAAAGAGGGGUUCUGUUGGAAGAUGUUGAACAGGAUGGAGAAGAGCCAGAGAAGCUAAUUCAUGCUACUUUGAAAAAUGGACACACCAUUCCCGUUGACUAUUCUGGAAUCGUCAAUCUUACACACUUGGAGGAAGAAACCGGAAAAAGAUUGAGCCUUAAGAAAUCCAGUCCCCCUGAAGAGCCAAAGAAAUAUCAGGGACAUUACAGCAAUCACCCCAAUUCAGAAACGGAGCCCCAUCCUGUGCCCCCUGGUCCCAAGCAGCCACUGCUUCCUCCGAAGCGACCGUUGUCCUCUUCUUCGCAGGAGACGAGUGAUCUGCAAACAAGGGAAUUUGGCCUUGGCAACAGCAGCGCAAGGACAGUGUCUUACUCCACAGCUGCAGCUGCCACCAGCACAACAAAAGGGGGCACUGCUCCUACCCCUGCACCCCGGACUCUGCUCCCUGCUCCUACAAGUGGCCACGCUUCGGCCACCAAUACUAGCAAUGCCACCCCAACCAAGCAGCCCCCUGUGCCACCACCCAAGCCUAUUAAUAGGAAUAGCAACCCCUUAAUAGCUGAAUUAUCUCAGGUGAUUAACAGUGGCGGCCCAUUGCUGAAGCCUUCCCCGCCUCUGCCUCCCAAGAGGGGCCUUCCGCUGAAUGUACCGUCCUUGCUAGAAUCGGCCAUUGCUCCCAAAUCCCCAACCGAGAGGGUCAUGUCCUCAUCCUAUGCUUCCUCGCUACCUCCGCACAUGAUCUCGACUCUCCCGCCCGCUGUUCCUUCACCUGCCCUGCCUUCUCACAUUCCGUCGGAACCCCCCAGCGCUCCGUUGCCCGUCUCCCUCUACGGAGCGGAGGCUCCCUUUUCUACAGAACCACGGAUGAACGGUCAACAGGAAGGUCCCUGCACGAUGGAUCCAACUAAGAGAGUGGCGGAGCUGGGAUAUGGAGAACCUCAAGGGCUUCCUCGGUUGUCCCAGGUCCCGCUGCACAUCCGCAUCCAGCAGGCGUUGAGUAGCCCUUUGCCAGCAACCCCGCCGGCCGAAGGCUCCCAUAGGGCUCACUCGUUGCUCUUUGAGAACGACGGCUCCAGCGAGGACAAUGGAACAGUAGGCAGGGCCAGGUCUCUACCUGUGACUAUCGAGCUGCUGAAAGUUCCAGACGAUGAUGAAGAAGAAGAAGAAGAGGAGGAGGAGGAAGAUGGCUCAGGAGAUGCCUGUCCUUCCAAUCACCAUGUGUACAUUGGAGAGGCCCCAAUGGUUGCAGUUAUUCCCAGGCUGAUCCUGCAAACGGUGCAGGAUGAAGACGAGGGACCGAGUGAUUCGGAUUCCGAGGGACCCAUUUUGUACAGGGAGGAAGAGGAGGAGGAGGAAGAUGAAGACGAAAGCCACAACACGGCCCUGGCCAAUAAAGUCAAGAGGAAAGACACCUUGGCUAUGAAAUUGGGAAACAUGGCUCCCCGGCAGGAAUUGCCAAGAGAGAGCACCUUUCCUCGGAAGAGCAAGGAAGAGUGGAAUGAAAUCCGACAGCAGAUUGGGACGACGCUAAUCAGGCGAUUAAGCCAGAGACCAACAGCAGAAGAACUGGAGCAAAGGAACAUACUCCAGCAAAAAAAUGAGGCUGACCGGCAGGCUGAGAAGAGGGAAAUAAAAAGGAGGCUCACUCGGAAGCUUAGCCAAAGGCCUACAGUGGCUGAACUGCAGGCCAGAAAGAUCCUGAGGUUUCAUGAAUAUGUGGAGGUAACCGAUGCCCAUGACUAUGACAGGAGAGCAGACAAGCCGUGGACAAAACUCACUCCUGCUGACAAGGCUGCCAUUCGGAAGGAGCUGAACGAAUUCAAGAGCUCGGAGAUGGAAGUGCACGAAGAGAGCAAGCAGUUCACUCGAUAUCAUCGGCCUUGAGGUGUUUUUUUUUUAAAAAAAAGAAAAACAGCAAGAAGCAUGAUCAGUCACUGGAAGAGAAGCGAACUUGCUGUGUUUGUCAUUUCCUGUCUCACAAGUUGAAGAGGAAUCUUGAGGCUUGUUUGAGAUUAGCCUUCAUUCACAUAUCCAGAGGAAAAGUUUCUCUUCGCCAGGAAAUGGGCCAGGGACGGGAACGCCCUUGUCCCAAAGUUAGCAUUUCAUUGAAAGGAAAUUUGUCACAAGUGCCACGAGAUCACACGGCGGGGCACGUCACGAUCGAAAGCAUUAUACCUCAGAUAUACGGCAAUACAAACGGAUGAUGCCCCUUUGGCUCCUUAUCUUCUGCCUGAUUCUGAACCGUUUCAUGUUCCGGUUUCAACGAAAAGCGAGACUAUCAGAGCAGACUUUGGAGCUGUGGAAUGAGAAGUGUGCACGUACCUAUAUUAUGCUGUACCCAGAAGAAACUUUAACUGACACAUUACUGGAGAUUUGGGAAAGGUGCUUAUGGGCUUCUUCUUCUUCUUCUUCUUCUUUUUUUUGGGAGUUAUUAAUUUGCAGAAUCACUACUGACCAAUCAUAUGUUGUCUAGCGGAAGAAUUUUUGAGCUCUAACAUGGCACAUGCUGCAUAUUGGGGGGGGGGGGGGGGGGGAAAAAAGAAAAAUAAAAAAAAAAAAAAACAACGGACAGCAAGAAGUUCCCUUCGACAGACAAAUUUGCUAUAAAGCUAAGAGACUGAAUUUUCUGUGGGGAGGGGGAUGCACCUUUAGGCCUGUUUAACAGGACACUGCAAAGCCUGAAAUGAGUUGCCUUGAAGAAGCAGAUGACGUGGAAUAUACUGUAUUUUUUAACAAAUUGUGACUUUUUUUUUUUAAAAAAAAAAGCAACUUCCUGAAAUUAAUGUGGAGCUUGCCUUUUUCUUAGAUUUGUAGCAAAAACGUACUGAAAUGUAAAUGAUUCGCAAAGGGCUUAAACCCAACUUUUAAGGAAAGGAAAGGGAAGAUGGCAUGGCAUUAAGUAGAUUUUGAUGGAAUGGUUCUGAACGUUGUAUCACUGGCCACAUCCGGGAUGCGUCUCCUAUGACGUUGGAGUGAAGAGUUGGGGGGGGGAAAUGCAAAAACGGGAAUUUGGACAUGUAUUAGAUGUUGGUUCUGUAUCUGAGCAUCGGUUUGGUGGCACAUCUCUUCACACAUCUGUAAAAGGUCACACAUGUAGAAGCUUAUAGAGAUGCAUGUAGACCAGAGGCUGAUAUUGCUGUGCUUCCUCAAAUCCAGAAGAACUCUUUUUUUUUUGCUGCUACUUUUGCAACUACACACCAUUUUUUGGAGAAGGAUGACCCAGACAAAAGAGGGCAGGAUUCAGAUAUCUUAAAAACAUUGCGCAGGAGACGGAAUCUGUGCAGUCAAUUGGGUCCAAUCUUCUUGAAUAAACCCCCUUCUGACUGAUUUCAGUGGCGAUUAAGGGCAGCCCACAGCUUAGGCUGGAUCCAGCCUCUUCUUAUCUUUUCACAAGGAUAAGAUAAGCUUAUGCAUAUUGGAGUUCUUUCUCUCCAAGAAAUGGUCCUCCUAAUGGGUGAGUCUGGGGGGAAUGCAAGGCAUGGCAAACUUGCCUUCAACGCCCCCUACUUUCAUUCCAGCCGAUGCCAGUUGCCUUUCUGGUGUUCCUGUGAAGGGAGGGGAAUGUGGCCUUGUCUUUAUAAGGAGCCAUUUUUCUUACAAUGCAAGGAGAAAAGCUUUUGGUGUGGAUUGUGGGAUAAGUGCCAGUGUACUCUUCAUCGGAGCAAUUUUUUUUCAUGAUGUAUAAAAUCUCUAUUAAGGAAAUCAUUGUGUUGUCUUCCUAUCAACAAGAUUGUAUGAAAUAAAUUUUUUUUAGGAAAAAAACCCUU